AUGGCAAAAAAGGAGUCCAGGCCGACCCCACCGCCGCGCAGCGAAGCGCGUUCGUCGCGUGGGCCUCCUAUACGAGAAAAAAGUCAUGCACGCACCGGCAGCAAAGACUCCGAUACUUCCGAGCCGCCUACCUCCCAUGAAACUGAAAUUCACGCAACUGCACAUGGUGGAGACUCUGCGCCAGAAUCCGCAGAAGUCACUCCAGCAUCUGAAGAGGUGCUAGCAUUGGGAAAAAGCUUGGCAGAAAAGGAUGCAGAAAUUACUGAGCUGCAUUCACAACUUGCGCUGCGUCAAGAAGUUGUGGACAAAGCAGAGCUUGCGGUAAAAGAGCGUGACGAAUGGCUGAGGAAGGAACGGGAGCUUGUGGCCCAACUGCAAAAGCAGAUUUCUGUACAACAAGAUUCCAUACGCGCAUUAAAUGAGCAGCUGAAGAGGAACCAAGAAGAAUCUGCCCAACGCCAGGCGCAAGUCAAUGAAAGUGACGGCAGCAUGACAGUCAUAAAGACGCAACUGAAAAAAAGCAUAGACGAGUGUGAGCAACUCAAGCAGAAUAUUGCAGAGCAGCAAAAGAAAUCGCAGGAAGAACUCGAUGGCAAACAAAGUUCGGAAACGGCGUCGACUCAACGGGCUAUGGACCUAUCGACACAGGUCGAGUCGCUUUCGAUGCAGCUGUCCAACGCCGAGGCGCAAGUAUCGGAGCUUCAAAAGCAAUCCAUCGAACGCAAUGAGCGUGUGCAGGAGCUAGAAAAGCAAGAUCAAGCGCAGGUUCAAGCGCAGAGCAAACGAGUCGAAGAAGAAUGGAUGCCUGUUCAGCAAGAGGUCGAGCGAUUGAGAAGGCAGCUGAAAGAGCGUGACGAGCAAGUGGACCAGCUACGCCAAAAGCUCGAGUUAACAGCGGCGCGUGUCCAAGAACCAGAGUCGUCUGUACUUCAGGCACAAUCGUCUUGUGCGCCACCUGCUAACUGGGUUAACGAACGCGAACAGAUGGUCGCGGAGACAGCAAGGCUUCGUGCGCAACUGGAAGGAGAGCAGAGUCGCGCUGACUCAGCAGAAGAACGCGUACGUGACUUGAGGUACACGAAUGAAGAGAGCCGGCGUGCAAUCAUGCGGUUGCAAAGCUCACGGCCAUCUGGAUCGCGCUCUGAUCAUGAGCCGACACAAAGACACGUGCGGCGUUCAAGUCACAUUCUCAGUACGCUUGCCGGUCGCUCAUCCGACAAUGACACAGAGCAUGAACGAACUGGAUUGCGUGACUUACGCCUUGUCUCACCAGCUCUAAUGGGAAAUGAAGAGUUUUCUCCACCAACGGCAUCACAGGCGAGGAUGGACGAUACCCAUACGGACUAUGCUAGUCCACAUGCUGCGGGCGAAGAUGCGGCCUCAUCAUCCUCUAACAUGCAAGCAUCUGGCAUCACGGGCCUGUUCCCUUCGUCGCUGCUCCGCUCGUCGCUCGGACUCACACGCAAAUCAACACCAGCUGGGUCGGAUGAUACAUCUAGCUGGCCCUUACGCGAAGACUUUGCAGCUGCUGAUGAGCUUCGCUCAGAAUACGGGAAGCUACAAAGGGAGCUACUAGCGUUGAAGGAAGAGCUCGGGACUAUGCAGCAUCAACUAACUGAAUCUCGUGAGGCUGAGCAGGCAAGUCAAACAAUGAUUACAUCUUUGCGCGAGUAUAUUAUGGUAACAAGCCAAACAGGCGGCACGUUGACAGGAGCAGGUAAGCACGUGGAUGCGCCGGAGUAG